AGAGCCACCCUUUUGUUCUUAACCUUUGAAACUUUGUCUACUUGUUGAUUAAAGCUCCCAACAUCGAUAUAUUUCCCACGUAUCCAUAACCCCACUCCUCUAACUUAUACAUCAAACAUGUCUGAUCCAAAUUCUAUCAACGGUGGUUCUGCUGUCGCAAUGGUCGGUAAGGACUGUGUGGCUAUUGCCUGUGACUUACGUCUAGGGAACCAGUCUUUGGGUCUUGCCAACAACUUCGAAAAGGUGUUCCAGCUCGGCCACACGUUCUUGGGCUUGACCGGAUUGGCCUCCGACGUCACCACAUUGAGCGAGACGUUCAGAUUGAAGACCAACUUAUACAAGAUGAGGGAGGAGAGAACCAUCGAGCCGGAAACGUUUGCCAACUUGGUCAGUUCUACCUUGUACGAAAAGAGAUUUGGGCCGUAUUUCGUGGGUCCGAUUGUGGCCGGGAUCAACUCCCAGACCAAGAAGCCUUUCAUCUGUGGGUUCGAUUUGAUCGGAUGUAUUGAUUUUGCCAAGGACUUUAUUGUCUCCGGUACCGCUUCUGACCAGUUGUACGGUAUGUGCGAAGCAUUGUACGAACCAAACUUGGAACCGGAAGACUUGUUCGAGACCAUCUCCCAGGCCUUGUUGAAUGCCGUCGACAGAGACGCAUUAUCCGGUUGGGGUGCGGUUGUGUAUAUUGUCACAAAGGACCAGGUUGUCAGAAAGGUCUUGAGAACCCGUCAAGAUUAAAAGAGGCUUUUCCCUCAUUCUCUUAGAAGUGGCUGCCGUAAGAAGCUACCUUUAUCUGUACUUUAAUGCCUUCAUAUUAUGAUAAUCCGC